AUUUUUGGAAGAAGCUAAAGAUGUGAUUUCUAGCAUCAUUUCUGUCGUUAUAUAUAAUUAUUUUUAUGUGAAAAUAAGAUUGUGGAAAAACUGUUAGUAAAAUUUCAUAAGAAUUUCAAUAUGGCCGUGCUUUCCGAAGCAGCCGAAGAAUUCGCCGAAUUUCGGUCCGGUUUCCGAGAAUUGGACAUUUAAAAAUUAAAUGUCUUAUUUUCCCUCUUUAAACUGACACCUUCGCGAGCACAUUUUUCUCCUCGAUUCCUGUGCAUUUUUCCAGAGUUUGUACGGCCAUUUUCAUUGAAAUGGAGGAUCGCACAAUUCCUGACAUCAUUCUCGAGCACAACAUGCACACAGUGAGGCAGGAUCUGUUGAAUCUGGUGGAAUAUGACGAAGCGAAUUUCCAGCAAGUAUACGCGAAUUCCCAGGGUAAGGUUCGUCCCAUUCUCGGACGGAGGGGCUCCGCUCCUGAGCCUCAGGUGUCUUAUUCUCGGAAAAUGAGUGCGGAUUCUGUCUUCUCCGAUGGACUUCUGUUCUCCAAGACGACUCUUGCGCCAGAUAGACCAUCUUAUUUCGACGAGGUGCGCCUUACCAGCCACAGCAAGUGCCAUGGCCAGAAGUUCUCUCAAAUGGAGCCUUCCAAUCCGGAGAAGAAGUUGAAUUUCGGCGCCAUCAACGUUUUCCCCAAAUCACGCGCUCAGCCCAAAGAGAAGAAUUUGCCGCAGAAGCUGAAGGUUCUGGAGGAUAGUCUUCUAAACUUUGUCAAUCUCUCGAAGAGCUUAAACGCUCUCCAACCCAUGAAAUUCGCUGUUAUCCAUACAGAUGCUGGACCUUUUAAUGGAUUGAACGAGUACUUUGAUUACUUGAUCAAUUUGGCCAUCAAGGAGGAAUACUGGAUCUCAACAAUCACAUCUACGCUCAAUCUGACGGACACUUUCAAGGACGGCUUCUUCUACUUGAGCCACGAGCUCUAUGAGAGCAUCGUCGAAGCGGGGAAAUUCACCAAAAAGCCCUUCCGAUUUGAAGACAUGCAUGAGCUUAAUGAUUCCAUUGAUGCACUAAUUUACUGGAUUCGUGUAUUUUACACCUUUGUCUGGCUCAUGAUGCGCCACAGUGAGAAUGUGGGUCAAGUGCAGGAACGAAAUCUCUUCAUUGGCGUCUAGAUGCUUAUGAAAAUGCACAAGAUGCAUUAAAG